UCUGACUUUUGAUUAGGAUAAUUGUGUUCAAAUAUGUGAGCUUGGCCGCGAUAGACAGCUCCAUGAUGUCGUCAGAAAGAAUGACUUCGGCUCCAGGAUACGAAAUGCUGUGGUCAUGGGCUCGCCUCAGUAUUACCGGAAAGCCAGCGAGAUUCACGAGGACAAUACACACGUUAAAGUCGAGGAAGGUGAUUCGGAAACGGCUGCCAUGGGAACCACGUUUCGAGGAUCUCGAGAUGUCAACACCAGACUUCCUCCUCAAAUUCUAAUCUUGGUGCUUGAAAGGGGCGACUUGGUAUUUCUGUUCUUGCAGCAGGGCCCAGCCGACAGCUGGGUCUUCUUUACAUCCACCCAUACAAUUCCUGCGCAACGUCUCAUUUGCCCUGGAUUCCACAUGGCUAUCGACCCUUCUUCCAACUUUUUAGUUGUUGCAUGUUCUGAGACCCUAUUUAUCAUGUUUCAACUUCAUUCGAUAGAACACCUGCAAGCCCAAUACGCUCUCAAGCAGCCUUUCCAGCCCAUCAAGAACAAGGCAGCGCGAUCGGUCAGGGGUAUAAUCCACAAGAUUGAAUUCCUACAUCCAACUCACGGGAAUGAAAUACAAGUAAUCAUGAUGGUUAUUUUGGUCCAGCCUGAAAUCUCAAGACUAGCAAUAUAUGAAUGGGAUAGUAGGUUUGACAUCCCAGAGACCUUUAUGGAUGAGCAGUUUGGUUAUCGUCUUGACAACGAUUACCGUAUGCCUUUACUAGUUGUACCUCUGAAAGUGCGGAAUGCAUUCUUGGUAAUCACGGAGAAGAUUACAGCAACUUGUUCAAAUAUAUUGAGUGGAUCCCCGGUAUUUGUCCAAUUUGAACUGGUAAAUCGGGAAGAUACUUCAUUACACCAUGGCACCCGCGAACCGCUAUGGACAGCAUGGACUAGACCUAUACGCCACCCCCCAUACCACGACAGCAAGGACGUUAUAUACUUGGCAAGAGAAGACGGUUUCAUCAAUUUCCUUGAAUGCGGUGAUGAAUUUGAAAUUGAAACCAGCGUGAGCAUGGGAUCUGUGGACUGCAACAUUGACACCGCCUUCGCCUCUCUAUUCCAUCCAUUUGGAGAUAUUCUGGUCACUGGCGGGGACUCCGGCCCAGGUGCGGUUUGGAAUGUUCAAGCAAGGCAGUCUCCGCAGAGAAUUGGCUCCAUUCAGAAUUGGUCUCCAAUAGUAGACUUCACUUUGACUAACUCAGCAAGAGGAAUUGUCGAAGAGAAUAAUGAGGAUCCAAGCUCUUCCUCCUUGGCAAGCAAUGGAAGUAUAGUCCUAUCACAGCAAGACAAGAUAUUUGCUUGCAGUGGUAGAGGCAUGAGUGGUGCUAUUACGGAAUUUCGAUAUGGGUUUCAGGCCAGAAUUGGCUUGGACCUCACGUAUUCCUCUAACAUUAGACAGUGCUGGGCUAUCUCUGAAUUGAGCGGCGCCGCGGAAGAUGGCUUCUACCUUAUUUUAGCCCUUCCUAAUGAAUCUGCUGUUCUGCACUUAACCCGGGAUCUCGCCGAGGCAUCAGAGAAAGACCACGAGGCCACACCGUACGACCUUUCUUCGACUACAUUAGCUGUCUAUGAAGCUGAUGGCGGUGUGAUACAAAUCACGACGAACUAUAUCACAAUUGCCACCCCAACAGGCUGCUCCCAAAGCUUGAUAAGCGAUGUGAUCAGAGACCACAGCAGUGUUGUUGCAUAUGCAACUGUAAGGUCAGACGUGAUCGCCCUGGCUGUUUACUCUGGAUCAAGGUUCAGUAUUGUCCUGCUUGGAAUUAUCGGCCUUGAAGUUUCCCUACGGAAAGUAUUCGAUGUUGAAGGUGAAGUUACUUGCCUUGCGGCUGAAGACUUUGGAAAUAGUCUUGUAGUCUUGGCAGGCCUUCAACAAAGUGGGAAUCAAAUCCUUGCAAUAUAUCCCACUGAAGUAGACAGACAAGCGUCAGUAACACCCAUUCUACUGAAAUUGCGUUCUGCUACAACAAAUCCGAGCCUGAAUAUCAGCACAGCGAAUAUCAUAGGAAACAAUGCGCUUGGGGCCUUGACAAGUAUAGUCAGCCUUGGCGAACGCUCUGGCAAAUCAGUUAUUGUGACUGGGACAAGAAAUGGAGAUGUGCUUACCAUUCGAUUUGACCAGUCGCAACCGGAAAACUAUGAGAUUUAUAAGGAUAGACUUGGUGUGUCACCUUCUCAAAUUUUUCCCGGUAGCAUUGUUGGAGACCCUGACUCGGUAUUGGUGUGCACUGACGCUGAGCUUACGCUCAUGACAAGCUACGUAACGGGACGCCAAGGAGGUCAUUUUGAGCAAAUCAAUCGUGUUUGGCCGACUGACGGUGAUCGGCCCUCUAUGCCCUCUCCGCCGAUAAAUUCCGUGGCAUCGUUAUUUGAACAGCUUCCGGAAUACGGAAAGUCGACGAUGGUGAUGAUUACUGGCCCACGGAUAAUGGUUACCGAAUUGCAAUUUCGCCCAAAAUUGGUUCCACGAUAUUUCCCUGUCCAUGGGACACCGGUCAAAGUUCUCUACUACAAAAGAUUGGAGGCACUGGUUACUGUGGUUUCGAAAGACGGGCUUCUUUCGUUGCAUUUUCUGGAUCCCGUGACGGGGUGUGAUUUGUCACGACCCCUGGAAAGAGCAAAACUGAGCGAAGGCUACACUUACUACGGCGCGGAUUACAUCACGGGGCUUGGGAACCCAGACACAAGAGCUAUGUCUCUCACGACGUGGUCUUAUAGAGCUGGAAAUUUCCACGGAGACUGGAUCGUCCUUGCUAUGCGUAGGAGAGAUAAUGAGGGCCUCCUACUAAUCAUUUCAGCCGAUCUUGAAGAUAUUCCGACUCGAGCUGAUUCACCCCGGCGUAUACGUUUCUGGACCAAAUUUGACCGGAAGAUACGGGACGGUCCAAUAUGGUCGGUUGCCACAGAUGAACAUGGAGUAUUCCUAUGCGUCGGAAAUUGCGUUCAGUAUCACGUAAUUGAACAUAACAAGUUCAAAGUUAUUAGACAACACGAGCUGCCAUCCCCAGCCUCAUGGAUGCAGGUCGUAAAUGGACGGCUGCAUGCACUUACUACCAAACACUCACUGGUAAUCCUCGACUAUCAAAGUGAACCGCUUAGCGACAGCGGUCCGAUGGUCCGGCUGCAUACGGAUGACACCUGUAGGAUCGGGCUGCACUCAAUCGAAGUACGUACACCUCUGAGCGCUAUAACUAUGUUAUCCGAUCCGAUGUGUGGGAUUCAUGGUUUGUGGGCUCCUGUUGAGAAUGAGCGGCCAUUGAGCUUGGUAUUUCAAGCAGAGCUCCAAGGCUCUGUGAGGAGGUUUGCUCAAGGAUAUAUAAGGGCUCCUUGGAACUCGCCUAAGAAGCGAGCGCGCUACGGUUGCCUUCAGAGCAGCCCUUCCGGAUCGGAUAUCGUAGGACUUACUAUUGAUGGCUCACUUCAGCACUUUUGCCUCUUGGGAGAAGACGCUUGGCGAUUCCUUAGAUUCAUCCAAAACCUCGCCAUGGCGUCUCCUGCAAUUUGUCCACAUACCUCGCCGGAUAGAGUUGAUGAUCCUGACCUUGAGCCCAAAGCUGAUCCUAAGUCGAAUAUGCAAGUAGACGGGGACAUUCUGCAGCGAUGCCUUGAGAAACGUGCCUUGGAAGAGCUUGUUUCAGAGCCGCAGCACUUACGACGGUUUCAAGAGCUUCUGGAACCCCUAGACGAGGAUGAUUCCAUAUCGUCGUCACAACAAGACCUUGAUAGCAACACGGCGUGCUAUGAAUUGGGUUACAGUAUCCUGAAGUAUUAUCUUUCUCCCGUCCUUUGAUUUCGAUUUGAUUGCAAUUAGGUUAGGAGCUUUGAACUGACGUGAAUCCGAAUCCAAAUACAUUUCUUACGAUGUUAAUUGGAAUUGAUGCAGAUCGGCAUAGUUGAAUGUUAGUGGUUGGCUAUCGUGGAAGAAAAGAGAAUGGCCCAGGUAGAUUUAAAAUCUCAACACUUGCGGUGUACCUCUUAUUCCCAGUCAGGAUCUUGUUUUGCGGCGGGCAAGGAGGGAGGAAAGACUUCUUAGAGUAGACCAUACUCUCUAGAAUAUCAGAUCAGAAACCGUUGAGAAGUUUUCAAGUGGAAGCAUUUUGACUAUGCUAUCGCUUGAGUAAAGUUAAGUCAGACUUUCCCAUGGUGGAAUACGCAUGAAAAAAUUAUUAUUACUUGGUAAAUUUCAAAGUGAGUGUAGUGUCACUGCUUGCUAUGUUUGAUAUUAGAGAAUCAAGUUCAUACCUAUGAUGAGUCCUGAGAAAAGGGGUAAAACGGUUGCCGAUAAUGGUUAUCUAAUCGGCAGUUAUCGAUAAGCUACCUUAGCAGCUUAGGUACAGGUAGGUAGGUACUCAGGUACCCUGGCUACCAAGUUUGGAACUUGC